AUGGUACUCAAGCUCAUUUUGGAACUUCUCCUACAACUAGAUUUGCUUUUAAAAACUGGAAAUGGUGGGUACACGUCGCAUGCUGGUGGAAAUUAUGUAUAUUGUGACGCAACUAACGCUGCCGUUCGAAAAUUUUACGCAGACAUGACGGCAGAUCUGGUCAGAAACUACACAAUAAAUGGUAUUCAAUAUGAUGAUCAUAUGAGUUUACCAAGUGGAUUUGCCCACGUUGACGCGCUUUCUCACUCACAACAUUAUAGAGUAAUGGAGGACUUUAUGACACAAAUUAAAAAUAGUGUAAAAGCUGCAAGAAGAAAUGCAAUCGUAUCCUACUCGCCGUCUACUAUUGAAUUUUCACAAUCUCACCAUAAUGUGGACUGGGAAAAUUAUCUACAGCAUGGCGUCGUGGAUGAGAUAGUGCCACAGUAUUACCGUUCAUCGUCCAACGACUACAAAAUCAUCAUCAACCGAGAUAUUCCACGACUUCAUGGGCACCAAACGUCAUUGAUCGGGGGAAUUCGACUCUCAGGAUCAGGGCCACGGACACCAGCUGGAGAGGUUCAGAAGAUGAUUGACUUAUCGUAUGCUAGAGUAUCUUUCUGGUUUGGUGAUGAUAUUAUUACUGGUGUAUAUAAACCACCUAAACUAUUAACAAAUGUUGAUGUUGUAUUAUAA